AUGUAUCUGAGCAAUGAAACCGAGUUCUACGUCGACGUGGUUCGUCGUUGUGAAGCUUUGGGAGGGAUUCCCGCAAAGAUUCUCAACGUUUUCGAGGGUGCCUAUGUCUUUGCAGUAAUUCCACAGAAUUUGAAUGGAGUGGCUCCGUACAUUGGAGUGGAGAGGAAGAAAAACAACAUUUGGACGUAUGCCGAUGGAACGCCGUUGACAUAUCAGAACUGGGGCCUCAAUGAACCUGAUAACAACGCAAGCAACUCGACUCUCUGUGCUAUAAUGGAUCCUCAAUCGGGGAAAUGGGUGUCAGCUGAGUGCUCAUUUGCUCGACCGUUCUUGUGUUCAAUUAACGGAGAUGAGUUUCAGUGUCCUGAUGGCUGGGUUUAUAACGAGACUUUCGACUAUUGCUACUAUUUACAGAAUUUCAACUAUCCUGAUGCUGUUCACUGGCAAUUAUACAAUUGGACAACAGCCGAAGCCAAUUGUCAACGAAUGGGAUCACAUUUAGUGUCGAUUCAUUCGAAAGCUGAGGAUGACUUUGUCUACAGUCUUGUUACCUCAAAUGUGAAAAACCUCACAAUCGCUGCUCCUAACAACUAUACGUGUGACUAUCAAUAUGCAUGGAUUGGCUAUUACGGAAAUGGAACUUUGGGAACGGGUACAUGGACUGAUGGGACACAAGUCGACUAUUGUGCUUCGGCGACCACCAUACCUUAUUACUGGAUGAUUUCAAAUGAUCCGUCUUGUAAUAUCCACGGAUGGGCGGCAGCUACCGGGAUCUCUUAUCCUUUCGCCCGUUUCGUCUGCAAGAUGCCUUCAAAAAGCCGCAUCGCAAAGGAGAAGCUGAAAAAGAGAAACUUCAAGAACUUA